AUGCAGUUCGUCGUGGCCACACAGCCAUGCAAGAUUAGUUACAACAACAAGCAAGAAAAUCUCUGUGUCUGCUGCCAAAAGCCGGUGCGAAGCUCGACGCCCCUCUUUGGACGCGACUCCUACCUUGAGCUCGUUGACAUUGAUUGCUACCACCACAGAUCCUCAGCAGCGGAUCACUUGUGCCACCUCUGUUCUUCGGCGCUCGUAUCAAUCGGGCGACAUCCGCGAACCUCUACAAUAUGGCAACAUACCUCGACGGUCGUGCCAUGUGUGUGCCAGGAUGUACAGUAA